AUGCGGGUCCAAGCUAGAGCUGGAGCUACAUACAUCUUUGGAAAGGGAGGAGGACUUAUCACAUACACAUGGCCCAAUAACGAGAGGCCCAGCACUAGAACCGAUAGACUGGCGGUGGGCUUCAGCAGCACCAUCAAGGACGGGAUUCUGGUUCGCAUUGACAGCGCCCCCAGACUAGGAGACUACAUCAUGCUCCAUAUCGAAGAAGGAAAGGUGGGCGUAACGUUCAACAUAGGCACGGUGGACAUCAGCGUCAAAGAGAUGACUACAGAAGUCAACGAUGGAAAAUAUCAUGUAGUGCGCUUCACAAGGAAUGGGGGAAACGCCACCUUACAGGUGGACAACUGGCCAAUCAACGAGCACUUUCCAUCAGGCAACAGCGACAAUGAGCGUUAUCAAAUGGCUAAUAAGAAAAUCCCGUUCAAAUAUACCCGGCCGGUCGAAGAUUGGCUACAUGAGAAAGGUCGUCAGUUGACCAUUUUUAACACCCAAGCCACCAUCUCAAUAGGCGGUAAUGACCGCAAGCGACCAUAUCAAGGCCAGCUCUCUGGUCUAUAUUACAAUGGCCUGAAGGUUCUCAACAUGGCAGCUGAAGGUCAUGCUAACAUCAAGAUAAAUGGCAGUGUAAGACUGGUGGGGGAUGUGCCCACCAGCAGAAGUCCCUCACGUACCACCACCUCCAUGCCCCCAGAGAUGUCCACCACCUUCAUCGAGACCACCACCACCCUGUCAACCACCACUACCCGCAAACAGCGCUCACCACCUACAAUUCAGACAACAGAUGACAUUGUGUCCUCUGCGGAAUGUUCCAGCGACGACGAGGAUCUGGAGGAGUGUGACGGGGGACACACAGGAGGGGAGUUAGUUAUCCCUGUUCUAGUUGAGGAUCCCAUAGACAUCCCCCCUGUUUCCACUCGUGCCCCUUUCAUCCCCCUUCCCCCGACCCUUCACCCCGUCCUCACCAUUAUUGAGACCACCAAAGAGUCCCUGUCAAUUGCCACCGAAGCGGGGGUACCUUGCUUGUCGGACCAAGGCAGCGAUGAUUGUGAUGAUGAUGAUGAUGGUGAUGAUGGUGAUGGCUUGGUGAUAUCGGGGUUUGGCUCUGGGGAGGCCUUCGACUCUAGCCUCCCCCCUACUGACGAUGAAGAUUUUUACACCACCUUCUCCCUGGUAACAGAUAAGAUCUUGACCACGUCGACCUACGAAGGUGGCUACAAAGCUCUCGCGCCCAAGUGGGAAGUAAAGGACUUUAAACCUAGCAAGGCCUCUGAGGCAGGCAGGACUACGGCCAUCCCGCCUCUGCCUGACUUCAGGAGCUCAGCGGCAUCACCCGUCACAUCUGAGACCGCUCCUAAAAUCCCAGCUGGGAAAAUGAACAACCGUGAGAUCAAACCCCAACCGGACAUAGUGCUACUACCACUCCCCACCUCUUUCGACAUGGACGGCACCAAACCGAGGGGGCCGUACAUCACCCAGCCCAUGUUGCGCACCAUCCCUAGUGCUCUGCCCACCGUGCCAGGUAUCAGGAGAGUGCCUCCUGGUGCCUCUGAGGUAAUACGUGAGUCCAGCAGCACUACGGGUAUGGUGGUGGGUAUCGUCGCUGCUGCCGCCCUGUGCAUCCUCAUUCUCCUCUAUGCCAUGUACAAAUACAGGAACAGGGACGAGGGCUCCUAUCAGGUAGAUGAAACACGGAACUACAUCAGCAAUUCCGCACAGAAUAAUGGCACAGUAGUCAAAGACAAACAGCCCAGCACUAAAGGUGCCAGCAACAAGAGACCCAAAGACAAGGACAAGGAAUACUAUGUAUAAAACAAAAUCUGAAUGACAAAACAUA